UUGAUAACUAUAGAGGGAAGCACCGAAAGGGCAGAAAAGAAAGGCAUACUACGCCUCAUUAGGGCGAAAGGAGACGGGCGACAACGAAGAGCGACAUAGCAGAAGAUUUCUCCUCUUUCGGUUGAAGAUUUGCAUCUUCUGCUCCCCCUUUCGUCGUAUCAAUCUCCGUUCUCAUCUUCUCCGACCGCUGGAAACCUUCAUGGGAGUAACCCAAGUCGAAUUGCACCUGCCCCGAUCGCUGAUGUCGCGCGGGUAGGGGGCCGAUCCCGCCGGAAUUGCGGUAUGGGGAACGGCGCCGAGGACGCGGGCCCGCCGGUGGGGUCAUCCCCGCCGCCGCCGCUCGAGUGGAAGUUUUCUCAGGUUUUCGGAGAGCGGGCGGCUGGGGAGGAGGUCCAGGAAGUUGAUAUUAUUUCAGCCAUUGAAUUUGAUAAAUCUGGUGACCAUCUUGCCACCGGAGAUCGAGGAGGACGUGUUGUUUUAUUUGAAAGGACGGAUGUUAGGAAUCUUGGCUCCCGGAAGGACCUGGAGGCGCAAGAUUAUCCAAUUAGUAGGCACCCUGAGUUCCGCUACAAAACCGAGUUUCAAAGCCAUGAACCAGAGUUUGACUAUCUAAAAAGCUUGGAAAUAGAGGAGAAGAUCAAUAAGAUCAAAUGGUGUCAAGCAGCCAAUCAUGUUCUUUUUCUUCUUUCUACUAAUGACAAGACAAUUAAAUACUGGAAGGUGCAGGAAAAGAAAGUCAAGAAGAUCUCUGAGAUGAAUGUGGAUGCUUCUCAAGCUGUACAAAAUGACAACAUUGCUAGCUCAAGUACGAUUAGUCCUAGAGGAUAUCUUCCAAAUGGCAGAUGUCCAGAAAGGCCCCAUGGUCAGUUGAAUAAUGACUUGUCCAUGCCUCCUGGAGGGUUUCCAUCACUACGUCUGCCAGUGGUAGUGACAAGCCAAGAGACAAGUCUCAUUGCCAGAUGUAGAAGGACAUAUGCUCAUGCUCAUGAUUACCAUAUAAAUUCCAUUUCAAAUAACAGUGAUGGUGAAACAUUCAUAUCAGCUGAUGAUCUGAGAAUAAAUCUUUGGAAUUUGGAGAUCUGCAAUCAAAGCUUUAAUAUUGUUGAUGUGAAGCCUGCAAAUAUGGAGGAUUUAACUGAGGUUAUAACAUCUGCUGAGUUUCAUCCAACCCAUUGUAACAUGCUGGCAUAUAGUAGUUCAAAGGGUUCAAUCCGUCUUAUAGACUUGCGGCAGUCGGCUUUGUGUGAUAACCAUUCUAAAAUGUUUGAGGAGCACGAGGCACCUGGCUCAAGAUCUUUUUUCACAGAGAUCAUUGCCUCAAUUUCAGAUGUUAAAUUUGCAAAGGAUGGAAGGCACAUCCUUAGUCGUGAUUAUAUGACUCUUAAGCUGUGGGACAUCAAUAUGGAGUCGGGUCCUGUUGCUACUUUUCAGGUCCAUGAGUACUUAAGGCCUAAGCUAUGUGAUCUAUAUGAGAAUGAUUCUAUUUUUGACAAAUUCGAUUGCUGCCUAAGUGGUGAUGGGUUGCAUGUGGCAACUGGUUCUUAUAGCAAUCUUUUUCGUGUGUUUGGCUGUAUUCCUGGAAGUAAUGAAGCAACAACUCUGGAGGCCAGUAAAAAUCCAAUGAGGCGACAAGUGCAGACCCCCUCAAGGCCUGCAAAAUCUCUGGGCAGCUUUGCCCGUGUUGUCAGACGAGGAGCAGAAAGCCCAGGAGUUGAAGCUAAUGGAAAUUCAUAUGAUUUCACAACCAAAUUACUCCAUUUAGCUUGGCACCCAACUGAAAGUUCAAUUGCCUGUGCCGCUAUGAACAGUUUGUAUAUGUAUUCUGCAUGAAGAUGGCACCGGAAGGGGGAGUCUCAUUUUGCAAAAUUUAUUUCAUUUUGGUUUGCUUCUGAAGGCAACACAAUGAGCAAGACGCAGGACAGUGGAAUCUCGCAUGCUUAUAUCGGGACCAGAAAACACAAUGCAAAUUGACGAGGCAACUUGUAUCUUCCAUUGCAGGGGCAGCGUAUGUUUUUUUUUAUCUCGGAAAAGAUGAAAAAUAUCUUUUCUAAUCAUAUCCUAUUUCAAGGGUCCCAAGUAAAUGUAGCUAGCUCCCUUGCAGCUAAUACAGACGGCAUUUCCAUGUCGAAGUCACAAAGGUGCUGUUCAGCAUCUGCCACCAAAGGGCAUGGGUGCUUGUAUUGUUGGACUUGCAUGUCAAGAGUUUGUGAAAGUUGUCAUCAUGAUUCUUGUUCAAAUCUAUAUUGUACACUUAGAUGA